AUGAGGAAACUGCCACAAAUGGUCUGCUCAAUAGCAGCAUCCAUUCACGUCGAGGAAUUCGCUACUAGCAUAUCAAAUUUUGGUUCUAACUUUUACCAGCAAGUGAUCCAAUCUGAAUCUGGUAACUUAAUUUUGUCACCAUACUCAGUAGCAAGUGCUCUUGCUUUUCUCUUACAAGCGAGCAAUGGAACUACAUUCGAUCAAAUGAAGAAUGGGCUGCAUUUGAGCGGAAAUAAGUCUUCUAUAGCUGAUCAGUAUUCGGAUUACCUUGAAUCAUUGCAAAAACGUGCCAACAGCUCAACUCUCUCCGUCGCCAAUCAACUGUAUGUUAGACAUGACUAUAAAUUGAACGAAACUUUCCAAGAUGUAGCUGUGAGAAAGUUUUCAGCUGGUGUUGUUCCUGUUGAUUUUCUGGAUAGGACCAAAACUGCAGAGAAAAUCAAUCGUUUUGUUCAAGAGAAGACAAAUGACAAAAUUAAGGAGAUUGUCAAACCAAAUUCAUUUGAAAAUGAAACACGUCUCUUUUUAGUCAAUGCCAUCUACUUUAAAGCAAAAUGGGAACAAAAGUUGACGAAAACAAUAACAGGAAGUUUUUACACGAAAAGAGGAUUUAUAUUCAUGAACUCAGCUCCAGCCGACUUCAUGCAUUCUGAGCAUUGCAUGUUCAACUACGGAACUUUAUCGGACCUGGACGCAUCUGCUCUUGAAAUGAAAUACGCGAAUUCGGAUUUUUCAUUUCUAAUUGUAUUGCCCGAUUCUUACACGGGCCUUUCAUCAUUGGAAAACCAAUUGCAAAAUUACGCCUUGGAAAAAAUCACUGAUCAAAUGUGGAAACAGGUCGUAACUGUCACCAUCCCGAAGUUCAAAAUCAAAUCGGAAAUGAUCCUCAACAAUAUUUUGAGAAUGAUGGGAAUGUCUGAAAUGUUCGACGGUUCUAAAGCCGAUUUCAGUGGACUGCUGGUUAGUAAAGAGCGGUUGUACGUUUCUGAUGCCAUCCAUAUGGCCUAUAUUGAGAUAGACGGAGAAGGAGCAGAGGCUGCUGCGGUCACAGUUAUCAAAGUCGAAACACCUUAUGAUAAUUUUGAUCCUCCACCUCCACCGAUAUUCGUUGCUGAUCACCCAUUCGUCUUUUUUAUUUUGGACGACAAGACCAAAACACCAAUUUUCAGUGGCCGUUUUAUUCAACCCAAUUAGAGAAAUGAAGAGCAGAGGCCAAUAGAACGAAAACAAAAAUUCCUUGAGUUUCUUGCAAAUGUCGUCUGCACAAUUCUACAAUUCUACGGGAGGAUACGAUAUUCUUUUUAGGAAUUGUUUUAACAUUUCUUUUCAAACUUUUUUUUUGUUUUCAAAAUAA